AUGGGCUUCUCACGUCGAUGCACGCGUGAACGUAAAUGAUUCAAUGUUACUACUAUUCUUUUAUUGACAAAUAUAAUUUAAUUACAGCCUCAUGAACGUUAAUUAUUUACCGCGCGCAAUCCUGGCUUGAGUAGCUCAAACGACAUUCCUAUUAACCAAAUGGGAGUUUCCAGGAAGUGGCCAUAUUGGAAGCACUACCAAGCUUGUUCCACUGUCAGCUUACGGAGAGAGUGAGACGAGGGCAGUUCCCUUUCGCCCAGCUCGGCAUUAAAACAUACAUUCCUAACCAUGGCUGCUACGGACGUAGACAUAUUUUCUAAUGAAGAAAAGCGUAACCUCAGCUUGGGCGGUCAUGUUGGUUUUGACAGCCUUCCCGAUCAGCUGGUCAGUAAAUCAGUGACACAGGGAUUCUGCUUCAACAUCCUCUGUGUAGGGGAAACGGGUAUUGGGAAGUCAACCUUAAUGAACACGCUUUUUAACACAAUGUUUGAGAACGAAGAGGCCAGCCACUACCAGAAUGGGGUGUGCAUGCGGCCGAGAACAUACGACCUCCAGGAGAGCAGUGUCCACCUAAAGCUGACCAUCGUUGACACGGUGGGGUUUGGCGAUCAGAUCAACAAAGAGGAGAGCUAUAAACCAAUAGUGGACUAUAUUGACACGCAAUUUGAAAACUACCUCCAGGAGGAGCUGAAAAUCAAGCGCUCCCUCUUUAACUAUCACGAUGGGAGGAUCCACAUCUGCCUGUACUUCAUAGCUCCCACGGGGCACUCGCUGAAGUCCCUGGAUUUGGUUACCAUGAAGAAACUAGACAGCAAGGUCAAUAUAAUCCCCAUCAUAGCCAAAGCUGAUACGAUCUCCAAGAGUGAGCUCCAUAAAUUCAAGAUCAAGAUCAUGAGCGAGCUGGUGAGCAACGGUGUGCAGAUCUACCAGUUCCCCACCGAUGAUGACGCGGUCACCGAAAUCAACUCCUCCAUGAACGCGCACCUCCCGUUUGCUGUGGUGGGGAGCAUCGAGGAGGUCAAAGUUGGGAACAAAACGGUGAGGGCCAGGCAGUACCCCUGGGGAGUAGUGCAAGUGGAGAAUGAGAGCCACUGUGACUUUGUGAAGCUGCGUGAGAUGCUGAUCCGGGUCAACAUGGAGGACCUGAGAGAACAGACCCACAGCCGGCACUACGAACUGUACCGACGCUGCAAACUGGAGGAGAUGGGCUUCAAAGACACAGACCCGGACUGUCAGCCAUUCAGCCUCCAGGAGACCUACGAGGCCAAGAGGAAGGAGUUCAUGGGAGACUUGCAGAAGAAGGAGGAGGAGAUGAGACAGAUGUUUGUCAACAAAGUGAAGGAGACUGAGGCAGAGCUGAAGGAGAAGGAGAGAGAGCUGCACAGCAAGUUUGAGCAGCUGAAGCACAUGCACCAGGAAGAGAAGCGGAAGGUGGAGGAGAAGAGGCGGGACUUGGAGGAGGAAAUGAAUGCUUUCAACCGCAGGAAGGUGGCAGCUGAGACGUUGUCCUUAGCCCAGCCAGUCAAGAAGGACAAGGACAAGAAAAAUCAUACAUUUUUCUGAAAGAAUCUGAACAUGUUAAUUUAUGGGGCCAGUCUGUGAAGCCAACCGUGGACUUGUCUUCCAUCUCCAUAGCGACAUCAACGUUUCUGUUUUGACAUUCCUUCAUGACGUGCGUACACGGACCAAAGACACUGAUGGACAGAGUCAGAGGGCUGACAUGCUGACAGUGGCCAUUCCCUUCUUCUAGGAUCAUUCAUGUUAUGAUUUGGGACACAUUUUUAUACAUUUUGUUUUGGUUUUGUGUUUUUCUAGUUUUGAGACUUACCGAUGUGUUUUCCACACCAUUGCUGAUUUUAAGACCGGAGGCACAGCAAAUGGUGGACUUUCGAUAAUCAAUGAUUUCUGGUACUAACAUAUCACCUUGUUCUCCCAUGUUGUCAGGUAAUGUGAUGUUAAUGGGUCAGUAUUCACUUGUAGUGCAGGAGGAUUGGACUCACCAGCCACAUAGUUCAUUGUCGUACAUCAGGUGAUGUCAUGCCUACGCCAUGCUACUCCCUCUACAUAACGGGCAGAUUAAAUAAGACAAUGGCCACACACCUCAUAACUGGUCUGAAUGCUGAGCCAAACUAGGCCAGACCUUAAUUAAUGCUUAGUAUUAAUGUAGCUGAUUUCAGUACAGUAGCUGUAAUAUUUAUAUUUUUGCCAACGCGUAUGUCUAGGCAUUUAGUAAACUAGUCUUAAGUCAUACAAAUAUGCAAUGCAUUCUGGUGCUGUUUUAUAUUAAUCCAGAAACCUGUAUGUGAAUAUUUUCGGAGCUUCCUUGGCUUUAUUAAAAAUGCAGAUAUGCAAAGUGUACUAGUUUUAAGUGUAUGAUAAAGAACACAAUGCUGUUUGUUGUUAAAUUGUGAUGUACCAUUAACCGUGUACCGUAAGCCAUUGACGUGAGUGGUGUUAAAGUUUACGUGGCCCCAUAUACACAGCAGAAACUAAGUGGCCUGGACUCACAAUAGAAAUGUUUACAUCAAAAACCAGGACAGAAGAUGUACUCCCUUUCGUUUCGAAAUAAAUGCAAAAGCUCACCUUGAA